UGAGCACUCGCACGUCACUGGAUUCCAUUGGUUGAGCAACAGAUUUGCAUAUUGAAUUUAGCGCAUGCGCUUACUUAUCAAAUUGUAGCCAUUUUGGACCUUUGAAUCCGACCAGACCAACCAACCUGCAAAAUGACAAAAGAAAAUAAGCUAUAUUGACAUGAUAUUGCAAAAAAAAAGGACAUGGUUUUAUAGAAGUACAUGUGGACUUUGAUUACUUUCAGUUGAAGGAUGUCUAGUUAAUGGCCAUGCCAGCGUCGGAUUCUACAUGUGAUUCAACUUCACAACCAAAAGAUUGUAUGCAGGCAUUAGACGAAGCUGAUCCAAACAACGAGUUUAAUAGGAACUUUAAUCAGAGUUUACUUGGGUUAAAGGCACUCAACAGUCAGACAGGGCACGACUUAGACUUUAGUGAAUAUCUAAGUCUAAAGAUGGAAAAGAAAGAUGAUGAUUUGGUCAUACUAGACGACACACCAACUAUUCUUCAGAAAAAUGGAAACGACCUUGAUCUACUCUCAAUGCCGAAAAAAUUCACAAUUAACGAUAGUAUCAGGAAUUCAUUCAAGGAUAUCAUGACAAAUGUCAAAAACGUUAAAUUGAAACCCCAAGAUAAUUCAAACGAUGCAAACAGUCUGGGAAAUCUCCUAGCUCAAACAAAAUCUAUAGGAUUGGAAUCCAGAAAUAAGUGUAAUAUUAUCAAGAACAGUAAUUCACAAAAUGGUAUGACAGAGAAGCAUUUAGGAAACAAUUUAUUUGAAAAUUUAAAAGAUAUUCAGGGUACACCAGAAAACUUAGACAAAGUUCAAAAUAAUUCAAGCUUAAAAACAGCGGAUACAAACUCAAAUCCAGAUGUUAUAGAACUUGACGACUCCAUUGAAGAUGAACUUCUAAAGUGUAAUGGAGAAUCGCAGUCACAAACCAAAAAUUCUGAAGAUGAGUUGGAUAAGAAAGAGGAAGAUAAACUUCUACAGAUGGAAGCUGAUAUGGACUUAGAUAGUAAGGGCAACACUGAUGAUCUCAAAGAUGAAAAUAAACUUUUAGAGUUAGACAAUGAGAAUUCUAACCAUAGUGUGACUAGUGUGAAAAGUAAUCACAGUAUAACUAGUGUAAAAAGUAAUCAAAGUGUGAAAAGUAAUCACAGUAUAAAAAGUAAUCAUAGUAUGAAAAGUAAUCAUAGUGUGAAAUCAGAAGCAAGUGUUAAGUCAAUAGAUAGUGAUAAAUCUGUAAAAAGUAUUCAUAGUGUGAAGUCUGAAAAAAGCAAUCAUAGUGUGAAGUCUGAAAAAAGUAAUCAUAGUGUGAAGUCUGUAAAUAGUGAUAAGUAUGAGAAAAGUAAUCAUAGCAUCAUUUCAGAAACUAGUGUCCAUAGCAUAAGUUCAGUUCAUAAUAAAAAACAAGAUGAUAUUUCAACUCAAAGUGAUUCAAGUAAUCAUAGUCUUAACUCAGACAUUAGUGAACCAUCUAAUACUAAUCAUAGUCUUAACUCAGAAAUUAGUGUUAAAUCUAAUAGCAGUACAAAAUCUGACAUUAGCAUUCAUAAUGGAAAGCCAAAAUUUAAUAAUUCUAGUUCAAAAUCAGACAUUCACAAUGAAUGUAGUAGUCAUAGCAUUAAAUCGGACUCAAAUGACCAAUCAACUUGUAAAGUUGGGGAACCUGAGUCAAAAUGUGAUAAAUUUACAAAAGUUGACAAUGAUCUUACAAAUGAUGAUGUCACAAAGUCUGUUAGUAGUGAAAAAGACACUGAUAGUCAAGAUGACACAAAAGAAAUGGAUAUUUUGGAGGAUCCUUCAGAAGAUAGUCAGGAUGCCAAGUCCAUGGCAAGCUCCAUAUCUGAUGAUAAAGAGGAGAAGAUGGAUAUUGAUUCUGAUGAAGAGAAAGAUGAUGCUAAAUCUUCAGCAAAAAAUUCAUCUGAUUCCAAAGAUACAAGUGAUAAUGAACAAUGCUCAAUCAAAUCAGAAAGCUGUGAUUCAGACUUAAAAUCAAAUAAUAAAGGGUCGGAAAAGUGCAAAAUUGAAGAAAAUGAAAAUGACACUAAAAGCGAUGGAUCUGAUAGAAAGAGACCUGCAGAGUCAGAAGACUCGGGGUCGCCAGAACCAAAAAAAUCUCGUUUAGAUGAAGUGAUAGGUAAGCUAGGAACACAAAUAGGUAUUCCAUUAGAUAAAGUGAAAGCCAUGGAGGAAUUAUCAGACACUGAUGCAAGUCACCUUGACAGUGAAGUAACAGAGUCAAAGUCAGAGGAAACUGAAACUUCAUCAGAUACAGAUGUAGAUGAGGAAGAUGAUGAUGAUGAUGUUGCUGAAAUGAAAACACCUGUGAAAUCUCCAAAGAAAAGCAGGAGAGUUUCUCGAAAGGAACUAUCAAUGCUAGUGAAGGCCAAGGUCAUGUUGUAUUUGAGAACAUACAGAGAUGAAACUAUCAAAGAUCUCCACAGAAAGAUUGAUGACCUUCAAGGCAGCAAUGAAAUGUGGAAAAACAAAGCUAGAGAUCUGGAAAGGAAAAUGUUAGAACUAACUGUGCUACAACAAAAACAUGAGAAACGGAAAGCAAAAACUGCAGCACUCAGGCAAAUAAGCACAAAAUCCAUUGGUGUACAGGUUGAUGAAAACAAAGUGGAAAAGCAACCAAUAGCUUCUCCUACACACACCGUGAUUAAAGGAAUUGCUCAGCAGCAGAGUCAAAAUCAGACAACACCAAAUAAAAGUGGGACCAAAACACCACCAAGAUCAAGUGCUCCAGUCGUCUGCCAGUCUCCACAAGGAACACAAGUGCCUGUCGUGAUCCAGUCACCUCCAGCUGUGACAAGACAGUUAAUACCAAUCACCUCCAACCUUACAAGACCAACUUAUAGUGUCACAACACAGUCACAAAUAAAACAAGCUUUAAGUUUACCUCCACAGAAGACACAGAUUUUAUUGUCACCUACACAAAAACCUCCGGAACCUCCAAUUGGGCAAUAUCCUUGUAAUAAAACUGUCAAAAGUUUACUGGAUACAUCUAGACAACAACAACAGAUAAUAGUGUCAAACAGUACAAAGGCUAUGUUGUUUCCAACUUCUAAUAAUCCUAAAGUUGGACAGGUUCCACAACAGUUUAUAAUGGUCACAUCUACUCCGUCCAUGCCAACAAAAACAAAUAUGGUCACAGCCAUUUCUAAUGCUGCAAGGCCUUCAGCAAAGAUUAUUGAUCUGACAGAUGAAGAAGAAAAACAGAUUGUGUCACAUGUUGCCAGAACUCCUUCCAUUCCUUCUGUUGUAUCAAGUAUUCAGUCUCAGGGAAAUGUUCGUAACUUAACUCCUCAACAGGCAAUGUUACCUCAACAGAAUAUCAUAUUUAAUGGCCCAGCAGGAACUCGAUUCGUUAGCCCUAAUCAGCAGCCUUUACAGUUGGUAUUUAAUUCUGGUGCCCAGCAAAUACGACCAGGAAGUCUGCUUACUGUUGUAACGACACCAACAUCAGCAGGUGUUCGUCCUCCAGUGAUAUCCCAACAACCAAAUGUUGGACCUCCGCAACUAAGAGCAGCACAACUGGUACCCCUGGCUUCACUUCCAAGAGGUACCUUACCAGGUACUACAAUGGUAACUGGUGCCCAACAAUAUAAUAUGAUGAGAACAGUAAGACCUCCACCACCAUUACAAUCAGCACCAAGUAACCAGAAUCAGAACCAACAGAAGCAACAGCUACCUCAACUGUCAUCACAGUUAGUCCACCCACCACCAACUCAGAAACAAAGCCAUCCUGCUCCUUUACCUGUACAAGAUCCACCACCCAUCAAACCAGGAGAAAAACCAUUAGCUCCUAAACCUACACUUAAAAUUUCUAGGGUUAGUCAAGGCAUUGUUUUAUCAUGGAAUAUGACCUAUAUUGCUAAAAAUCAUGCAGAAAUUCAGUCAUAUCAACUAUUUGCUUAUCAAGAAACUGCAGCACCUUCUACUCCUAGUCUGUGGAAAAAGGUAGGAGAUGUCAAAGCUUUACCUUUACCUAUGGCUUGUACACUGACACAGUUCCAAGAAGGAAAUCGUUACCAUUUUGCUGUAAGGCCAGUUGAUAUUCAUGGGCGACCUGGACCCUUCAGUGAACCAAGCUCUAUACAUCUGAUGCCAAUGAAGUAAAAGGGCAGAGAUUCUUAGUCUCAAUUUACUCCUAAAUCUAUUGAGACAAUAUAGGAAUCAGGUUCAGUGUAUAAAGAGUUCCACCAGGAAUUCUAUUGGACAAUAAAUAUGAGAGAGUAAAUAAGUUGUUCUGUGAGGAAAUUUUCUAUUUCUCUCGUCUUGUGAAUGUAUUGCAUUCUAAUCAGGGGUGCUAAUGGCCAGAAAUGAUCUUAAUGUUUUAUUUGUGUAUUUUAUUUUUGUAUGUUAUAAUUUUAUUAUGGAGGUAAAUGUGAUAUUUUUUUAUCAUAAAUAGUCCUGUCAAAUUGUAUGAAGUAAAUACUAUCAAGUACUUGCAGUGCUAUUAAAGAGAUGUUUAUAAAGUAAUAGUAUUUGAAAAAUAAAAUUAAAAGGUAAUAAUUUCCUAUAGACAACAAUAUUUGUUGUAAACUAACUUCUACUAUUACAUUUCAAAAUACUUAGUACAUUGUUUUGUACCGGUAAUGUUGAUCAGAUGGACCUACAUGAACUUCAAAUAACAUAGCCCUACAUGUACUAUUAAUCUGAUGUUUUUAACUUAUUAGGUUAGUAUACAAUUUUGUAUGCAUGAAAAUGGUGAAAAUAAAUUUUAUUAAAAUAAAAAUACAACAAAUACUUGUCCUAAAUAUAUUCAAACUCUUCUUAUUUUUUCAAGGGAAAUGUCGAUCUUUUGUCCUAAUGCUAUUAAAUUCAGAAUACCAUUAUGUGUAUAUGUGUUUUGUAGACAUGCAUUUAGAAUGAAAAUUUUUAAACUUUGAAGGAGUGAUUGUGUUUUAUGUUCUCUACAGUUGUGUCAGUAUAAAGAAUUGUUGUUUACAAUUGGUCGAUUUUAAUGAUUUUAUUGUACAUAGAAAUUAGCAUAUAUUUAUGUCCAGUAUUUAGAUGUUAAUUUACAAAUAAAUUUCUAAAUACUUUA